AUGGACUCUCCGAACCAGGCUGACACUAGAGCACCUCCAGCAAACGUCGGCAGAUCACGCUUCGCACCUAAGCAUUCGCCCGAGCCGCACGAGCCAGCGAGCAUGCCCAGCUUGAACCCUUUGCUUUCAGAUUUCGCCGUGUAUGCGUCCUCGCCGUCUCCGCACCAGAACUACAACUACGCCAAUCCACAGCUUGCACAGCGUCUCAGGAACGCGCCCGCAAGCCCAACAUAUUACCAGCAAUCGAAUAAAAUUCACGAGCCGUCUUCCAUGCACAGAAGCAUACGACGCAGCGCCAGUCUGGGCUACCCGUCGCAAGAUCUGGGGCAUGAGGAGUCCAAGGUGUUGUGCUACGACAUGGGAUCGAGGACGUACAGACUGGUGAGGCAGGAUUUAGUCGAGAGUUCGAACGGUUUGCUGCAACCUGCCGCUACGAGCCCGGCAGAGCACUCGCCGUGUUCCGGGUCAGGCUCGCCGGAAAAGGCGAAACGGUCGCGAAGAGGGUGUUUGACGUGUCGGCAGCGCAAGAAAAAAUGCUGCGAAACGAGGCCAACGUGCUCUGAGUGCGCAAGGCUCACGAUACGUUGCCGAUGGCCUGUGCCCGGGAGCGAGCGCAAAAACCGAUCCAAAAACAACACCAUCAGCCCUGACGAGAUGAUCCACGAGGCGUACGGGGUGAUCAAGAUCCUGAGGGGCGUGGUGGACUACAAAGUAGAAGGAUGA